AUGCGCUUCUCACGACUUUCCGUCUGGGCGCUGACCGCCUCCGUCGUCAGCGCCGGCAAGGGGCCCUUCCUUGAGCAGAUUAAUGACUCAACCUGGGUCAUUGGAAAUGAUCUCUGGAAUCUGACGCAGGGCUCGCUGUACGCGACCAAGCUUUACUGGACCGGCGUCCCGGGCGCCGAUCUGGUGGGCUCGGCCGUCGGCCACUACGUCGGCUACGAUGGCGAAAACAAUCUCCAGUUCACCAAUGCCACAAUCGCAUCCCGAGGCACAAACUACAUUGACGUCAGCUUCUCCGCCGCUGCGGGCGACUUCCACUGGGUCAUCUUCGACGACCUGAGCGGCGCGUAUCAGUACUUUGUGAACCGGGCCCUGCCCGACAUCAGUAUCCUCCGGACUUUGUGGAGACUGGCGCCGGAGUACUUUCCGAGCGGUCGCACGCAUCUCAAGGAUGAGCCCCUGCCCGACUUUUCGCUGUACGCAAACGCGACCAAGGUUCAGGAUGAGACCUGGCAGUUGGCUGAUGGGUCCUUCAUCACCAAAUACGAUUGGUCGAACGCUGUGAGGGAUCGCGACUUUUAUGGCAUCUACGGCUCGGAGGCCGGGUCGUGGUACAUCCACCCGACGACCGAGUACUACAACAGCGACCAUUUGAGUCAGACUCUGACGAUCCACAGAGAGUCAAAGACUGGAGACUCUGUCCAGCUCAAUGUUGUUCAGGACACUUCGCACUUUCGUGUUGGACAGACUGUCGCUCAGCCGGUGGGCAAGGUCUGGGGCCCUUGGCUCUGGUACCUGAAGAACAACGGCGACGUUGCGGACGCCGCGCAAAAGCACAAGGAAGAGGUCAAGCACGUCCCGUACACGUGGUUCAAGGACUCCGCCUACCAUUCCCGCGGCGGGAUUGAAGGAACUCUCACACUGUCUGACGGCCGCCCUGCCUCCAACGCGGCCGUCUACCUUGGCGACUCUGACACCACGAUCCGCCCCUCCAUCCAAGGCACAAACUACUACUACACGACGUAUACCAACGACAAGGGCCGCUUUACCUUCGACAACGUCCGCACCGGCUCGUACGCCGUCUACGCCUGGUCCAACGGCGGCAAGCUCGCCGACGUGUACACCAACUUCACCGCGCCCGUGACCGUCUCGAAGGACAAGACGGCGAACCUCGGCCAGCUCUCGUGGAAGGUUCCCAGCAGCAAGCGCAUCUUCCAGGUCGGCGAGUUCGACAAGAAGGCGACGGGGUUCAAGAACGGCGGUGUGCCGUACCAGCAUGGCGUGGCAGCCGACAGCCCUGCGAACCUGACAUUCGUCGUCGGUCAGUCCCAAGACUCGGAUUGGUACUUUGCGUCGUCUGCCGUCGGGAAGUGGACGAUCGAGUUUGAUCUCCCUGCCGGCGAUGUUGCCGCUAACAGGACUGCGCUUCUGAGUGUGUCGUUGGCUGGCUACUCGCAGAGCGCGGCGCUUGAUAUCGAUGUUAAUGGGCAGGUCUACGGCUCGUUGAGCAAGGAUGUCCUGACGAGUGAUCCUGCGCUGUACCGCUCUGGAAAGAUCAGCGGAGAGUGGAGGUUCUUCCAGUAUAAGAUCGAUACUGACGUUCUGAAGGCGGGAAAGAACACGGUUGGGUUCAGCGCCACGCGGUAUACCCAGUGGAGAGGUUUCCUCUGGGACAGCAUCCUCCUCGAGUGGAUUUGA